AUUUCGGCAUUUUGUUUCUUCUUUGCUCUCUCUCUAAAACGAUUUUUAACAUAAAAAACUUGAGUAUUUUAGCCGGGGCUUCCGGUUCAGUCAGCGAUGGAUCCCCGAUUAAUUAAUGCCUUGUAAUUUCAUUCGCCAAAUAAUAAGUUGGAGAAAUUUAUUUACAAUUUUGAAUUAAUAACUCUGACAUUAAUUUAGAGCGAUAAUAUCUUUAAUUAGGAAGUAAAGAUCGACUGAAUUUAGACACCCGUAAAAUACGAUCCUACGAACAUGAUCACCUUAAUGGCAAAAGAAAAAAAAUGUUUUCAUCCCCCAUUUUCUCGUUCAAUUGAGCAAAAGAUUUUUUUUCCCCACAAAAAUUAUUUUUUCCUAGUACGGUAGUUUAGUUUUUUUUAACAAGUUGUUGAUAUCCAUUCACGUUCUAAAUCAGAGCACGGUAACGUAUUUAUUGGAAAUCAAUUCCACCCCGAGCCGACGAAUUUCACGAUCGACCAUCGACGGCUCCAUAAAAAUUGACACGAACCAAAGAAAGUACUUUUUCGGUAGUUACGUCGAAGAAAAAUAUUUUUUUAUUGAGCAUGCUUAACUUAUCUCGAGUAUUUUUAUCGACUUUAAACAAAUUGAAGCAGUCAAGAUAUUUUUCCACCCCUCUGCGGCUCUGGAGCUCCGCUCCAGCGUAACUACCAUUCCCAAAGAAAUGAAUUCCGAAUGUUGUACAAUAAUAAAAAUGAAUAAUUUGGUCGACCGGGAAGUAGACUCGGUAUGCGAAUGUAUCAGAACGAAUUCGUAGCAGCAGCAUCAUCAUCGUAAACACGAAAUCGUGUACGAGAUUAAGGCAGCACUUGGCUCACAAUGCAGUACGCCUCAUCGUAGAAAACACCUUGACAUCAAAUUAAAGUUAUUGCGAAAUAAUUAUUAUCUCCGCGUUUGUAAUAGAGAAUCGAUUGAGACGCAACAGGUUAAUGGACGAUCGGCUAUCCACUUCGAGAUUGCUUGAAGAAUCGUCCGUCAAGAUUGCAAGCAAUAUCGAUAGAAAAAUAAAUAAGCGAGGGGCAAUAAUAAAAAAGAAGUGAGAGUUGCGUAAACGUAAGCUAAAGUGUAAAGAUCCGAGCGAUGGAGUCGCAGCAGACGCCGCGCGCACCCGGGGAUUCCUUCGCAGAACGAGCUCCGCCGACGGUAAAGCAAAAUCCGCCAUCUUUGCCAGCGAAUUUUCAAGCUCGACCUCAGGCUCAUCAUCCAGCGCAGUCGCCGAGAUUCCCGGCGAACGAAGCAUUCGGCAUCCCGCCCAGUGGCCGCCCAGGAAUUCAGCAACCCCGAGCCGGUCUCCGCCCCGAGUCAAGGCCGCCGUUGGGAGCUUCGUCGACGGUCCCGGUGCCCGGACAGUUCCUCCAGAGCAGACCCCCCUUCGGACCUCCGCGUCCGCCUAAUCCUCACGGGAAUCCGAUCCAAGGGCCACCCCGAUCGGCCAACCCGGCCCAAAAUCCUCAGAUCGUCCAAGGUUCAGGGCCCCGCUUUCCCGGCGGUCCGUCAGGCCCACCGGGCGUAAGACCCCUCGGAGGCGCGAGGCCUCCGAUUUUUCCGGCGCAUCAGCAAGCCCGAAACGGGGGCGGCGGUGAAAUUCGACCUCAGAGGACGAUCAACGUCGAUUCUUUCGGCUCGAGCCCGACCUCAGCUUCGCCGUUUUAUCCUCGCUCACAGCCUCUCCCGCAGAAUUCAUCACGAGCGGUUCCCGAAACAGUGCUAACGACCGCCUCGCCACCGAGAGAUGAUUCGACGCUCAUAAGAGACGAAACACGAUCGAAUCUUCCGAAGCUCAGAACUUCCAGUCAAAAGUAUAAUCAGCAACGCGGAACUAUGCAAGUCGCAGAUUCUCGUUCACCGAGCCUCGCUCCCGGCAGCCCCUCAGCCGAGAACGAACGAACCGAUAACUCCGAGGAGAACGAAGCCAUCAAACGAGAUGGCUCCUCCCGAGGCGAGCGCGAUGAAGACGAAGACGACGAUGACGACGUCGUCGUCGACGAGGACGCCAAUUCGACGUUGGUUUCAACUCCGGGAGCCGCCAACGGGGCGCGAACCGACCAGACGAUCCGUACGGACUCUCCGGGUACCCGGUCACUCGCCAAUUCAAACAAAUCGGCGACCCCGACCCCGGAGAAUCCCGAUCGCUCGAGCCCGUCCCCAGCGAAGCUACCGAACGACCAAGAGCGUCCGGGCUCCCGGAAUUCUUACAAAAUAUCUGCCACCCCGAGCCCAACUCCGCCGCUCGAACAUCCCGAUCGCUCGGCCACCCCCGGAAAAACGAACGCGAACGAGGAGCCUUCCGGCCACGAGAUCGACGACACCGGCUCCGGCAAAACUUCCGCCACCCCCCGACCGACGAACCCCUCGCCGCUUCAGGAUCCCCAAGCAUCCGCGGCCAAGGAACGGAACAAUGAAACCGGAAGCGAAUCCGGUCUCUCCAGUCGAUCCGAAUCCCGGCACGGAGAACCGGCUACCAGCGAAAGGGCCGAGGCGCCCUCGAGAUCGCCCGCGUCGAUGUCCCGCACACCGGAAAAUCCGACGAACCUCUCCGUCCCUCUUUCACCCGCUUCCCGACACUCCUCGGCCUCCCCGAGCUCGCCCAAAUCGCCCAAGUCUCCGCUCGGUAGCGUCAAAGGAUUCGACGACGGGCAACCUCGAUCCCUCUCACCGAAGUCACCCGGCAGAUCGAUUACUCCUGCCUCAGCGAACUCGACGCCCGCUUCGCCAGCGAUCAGCGACAAAAGUGCUACAGAGACGGACAGAAAACGAGCUACUUUCGCCAACGAACCAACCGAUCCGAACAACGAACCCGCAGGAAAACCACCGACGCCGGGCUCCGCCUCCGAACGGGCUCGGACACCCAGCAGCGCCGCCGGUACUCCGGACGGGCCAAAAACAUCCUCCGUCAAACGCUCCUCGUCGGGACGUUCGAUAAAAUCAGAUGCCGGCAGCGAAAGUGGAGCCGAGCGAACGAACCAUUCCAGCAUUCCGACGACAAAUGGGGUUGCGCUCUCUCCAACGAAGAAAUUACCGGGGUCAAAGUCCAGGGAGAACAACGAGAAGAGAACGACGGCCGGAUCUCCGAUAAAGUCACCGAGCAAAUCAGUGAAAUCUUUGCCGAGAACUCCAGACGCGGCAGUCGGACCGCCAUCGACAGCCGAAAAAAAGAUUCCUAUGAACAAGGUUCAGGUGGGUGCUGCGCCGUCGCCGAACCUCAAGACGGUAAGAUCGAAGAUAGGCUCACUUGACAACGCGAGCUACAAGCCCGGAGGCGGCAAAGUUAAAAUUGAAAAUCGUAAGCUCGAUUUCAGCAAAGCACAGCCGAAGAUCGCAGCGAAGAAUGACAAGUACAUGCCGAGCGGCGGCGACAAAAAGAUCACUCAGGUUAAACUUCAGUGGAACGCGAAGCCAAAAGUCGGCAGUUUGGAUAAUGCGACGUACAAACCUGGCGGGGGUGAUAAAAAAAUCGAAACGGUUAAACUCGACUUUAAGGACAAAGCAAAGCCGAAAGUCGGAUCGAAAGACAACGCGAAGCACGUUCCCGGCGGUGGAGCGGUUAAGUCCUCGUCAACGCCACCGAAAACUCCACAGGAUCCGGCCCCGAAUAACGACCAGAUGAAGGAGCUCCCGAAAACACCAGCGGAGCGUCCAAAUUUCAUCGAGAUAGAAUCAAGUCCCAGGACGGAACCCAAUCCUCCUCCCUCGACGCCCACUCGCAGACGACGAUCCCCGGCACCGGUUUCCCCACUGACACCGAGAGCUCUGAGGAAAAGCCUGCAAUCCAAAUCUCCGGAAUCUCCAAGCGUCAAAAGAGUCACCAUCUUUGAGGAGUCUCGAGAUGAUGCCAACAACGAGGGGGCCAAAACUCCAAGUCCAAGGAAGUCGUUGUCGGCCGACUCCUCCACUUCCUCUUCCUCUUCUCCGAAAGGUGUUUCGCUGCCAAAGUUGACUCGAUCGCCACCCAGCGAAAUCACUGCUACGGACAAACGAGAAUCUGGCAUGAAAUUACCGAAGCUCGUCGAGACUUCGAGCCUCUCUAACAGAGUUCGCCAGAUGCAGUAAAAAAAAAUACCCAUGAAGGUCACUUACUCUCUCGGUACUCCUUCUCACUUCCAGACUUUCACGCUCGCGUCUUCGUUAGUUAUUCAUGAAAAUCAUUUUUUUACAAUUAUACGGAGAAACAAUUUUUUAGAGUCCAAAUUGGACGAGCGUGCUCGUCCGUUUCUCAGAGAUCCCAAAAGCGCAUGCACAAGUGCCCCGCACAAUCGUAGAUUUCAAUUUGAAUACAAAUCUCAGUAGAUCUCCAAAAAGCAACGUUGAAGUAUAAGAUCGUUUGUAAUACUUUGAAGUGAAUAUUGAGUUACGGCGAUCUACGGACCUGGUCGAUUAAUACAUAAAGCGUAAAAAAUUGCACAUCAGUUUGGAACAUAAAUUUUGAUUAGAAAAACCGAAUUUACCCUCUUACGUCGUUGUAUUGUAUCGAGAUUAAACGGGGAAAAAGGUGAAAGAAUAACAUUAAACAAACCAAAGUCGUCAGCAUUUUCAUUUCAUUGAUAUCCGUCAGAUUUCGACUUUUCGAAGUAUUCGCAAAGUAUACUCGUAUCGAUUGAUCAUUUUCUAUUUCUGUUCAUUUUUUUCUUCUCUUAUCUUUAGCAUCAAAAAAUAUGCGUGUAAAAAAUUAUGAUAGAGUUUGGUAAAUACAGUAACAAAGUGUUGGUUGUGAUUGGUAUAUUUACAACAAUGUUCAGUCCUUGUUUACCGAUGGUAGCGGUGGUGGAACAACUUUAACAUUGUUGAAAUACGGAUGACCCAAAGCUUUUCUGGCAGUAAUUCUCUCGUUGGGAUCGUACGUCAACAAUUUC